AACCACACAACCAGAUAAAGGGAGGUGGGGAGUGGUAGGAGGUGGUGCUAGGGAGUUGGACAAGACAUCCUCUUCAUUCUUUACACAGAUUUGAGGAUUGAGGUGUUUUUUGUGCUCUUUAACACUGCUUUCAAUUUGGAUUGCGAAGCAUCUUUUGAACUAAGAAAACUAGAGGCAACCCAGGAAGAAGAAUACAGGACCAGGAAUGACAGUAAGCCUCGGAUUUACUGUAGAGGAAAGGAAGAGGAACAAAAUGAUAUGCAAAGAAGUUCAUAGAUUUGCUUCAGGCUUCAUGCUGUAGGCUAUGGGAGGACUAUGGUAACAAACGAGUCAUAGAAACUCACUCAUACGACCGCACAUUAUCAUUGACUCAGUGAAUAAGGUAAACCGUUUAAUAGUCACUGUGCUCUCUGCCACACAAAAUUAAUAUUGUAAAGACGUAGGUGAUAUAUAGAUAUACAUACAGUAUAUACACAUAAAAGUCCAGCAGACACACAUACAUUCACACAGGGACAAAUACAUAGACUUAAAGAACAUAAAGAACCAACACCCACACAAACUCUGAGGCAGCCAUGAGGGUUGUAUUGGUGAUAGGAGGCCUAACUAUCCUGGUCUCUAUGGGCCUGGCCCUGAUCGUCUUUGGCCAGCCCCUGACAGAAGCCAAGCUGACCCUGCAGAACCUGCAUCUGGAUCUGAUGCAACAGGCUCGCGUCAACCAACUCAAGGAGAGGCAGUGGGUGGAAAACCUGCUGAAGGGGCAGUUAGACUCGAAGAAGAAGAAUGUGGAGGAGAUGGAGGCAGAGGUGAAGAAACUGACCGAAGAGGAGGGGAAGAAGAAGACUGAGGUCGAGGCCUGCCAGGCAGAGAAGAAACAAAAGGAGGAAGUACUUGCACCCAUACAGAAGGAGCAGAGUGAUAUUGAAGCCACGUUCAAAACUGAAAAGGAGGCUUGGACUGGGGAGAUCACCACACUCAAACAGCAGUUGGAGCAGAGGAGCAAAGUGUGUGGUUUUGUGAAGGACUCAACAGAUACAGCGAAAUUAUGUCCACCCAAAGAAGGAGCAGCAAAAGCUGAAGCGGCCCCUGUAAAAGCUGAAGCGGCCCUUGUAAAAGCUGAAGCGGCCCCUGUAAAAGCUGAAGCGGCCCCUGUAAAAGCGGAAGCGGCCCCUGUAAAAGCUGAAGCGGCCCCUGUAAAAGCUGAAGCGGCCCCUGUAAAAGCUGAAGCGGCCCCUGUAAAAGCUGAAGCGGUCCCUGUAAAAGCUGAAGUGGUCCCUGUAAAAGCUGAAGAGGCCGCUGUAAAAGCUGAAGCGGUCCCUGUAAAAGCUGAAGUGGCCCCUGUAAAAGCUGAAGCGGCCCCUGUAAAAGCUGAAGCGGUCCCUGUAAAAGCUGAAGUGGUCCCUGUAAAAGCUGAAGAGGCCGCUGUAAAAGCUGAAGCGGUCCCUGUAAAAGCUGAAGUGGCCCCUGUAAAAGCUGAACCUGCAUCUGUAAAAGUUGAAGCAGCCGCUGUUUAAAGCUGAAGAGGUCACUGCACAAGCUGAAGCCGACCCUGCUCCAAAGCACUAAACGGCUAAAAUUUCUCUCAGAAUAACAUUAAUGGUGUGUAGUCUUUCAUUCAUGAUGCACAGUCAUAUUUAUGUUGUUUGUUUGUGGGUAAUCUUGGCAACCCAGAAACAAAAAUCUCAUUAAGAAAACACAAUUUAUGUCAUUUAGUCUGUCCACAAGAGAUUAGGAUGUGGGCAUUGUCAAUGUGUCAUUUUGGCACACUUCUAGAAGCCUAAGAAACAUUUCCAAACUGGCAGUAACUACAGUGCAAAAGAGACCGAAAUUACAUUUUUAUUUAUUUUAUUUCACCUUUAUUUAACCAGGUAAGCUAGUUGAGAACAAGUUCUCAUUUGCAACUGCGACCUGGCCAAGAUAAAGCAUAGCAGUUCGACACAUAUCAAACCACUCAACCAAAUUUAAGGUUUCAGAUGAGCUGUCAUUCCAAUUCGUCCCUUACACAUUGUAAAAUUAAUCAUACACUUUACCAACCACAUUGGACUUAAAUUGGUACAUUAUUCUCACUCACGGAUGCAACAAAUAUAGCCUCUAACAAGGCACGCCUCAAAAUAUGUUAAUGAGACAGAAACAACAAUUCCAUGCACCCAUUAGUGGUCAAAAGUUUUUGGCGGUCCAAAGAUACGGUGACAUUAUGCAUCACAAUAGUAAUUAUAUUUCUGUUGUAAACGGCUGUUUUUUAAUAUUGUAGAUAUGGAUAACAUGGGUUAGGCCUAUCAAAACAUGCACCACCUACACACGCAGCAGAGAGAAUUGCAUUUAAUCUAAAUAUACAUUUUCAAUCAUUUACCACCCGUUAGAGCGGUGUACCACCAGUAUAACAUACUGUAGGCUAUUUCACAGAACAGACCUAGUGGAUACUAAAUAGGGUGCCAUUCAAUGCAACAUCUUUUUUUUUUUUUUACAGGGCAGGAUUAGAUUUUCGUCACCUGCGAUAGGCAUUGUCAUUUUCAGAAUGCGGUUGGGUCGCUCCUGCUCAUUAACCUUACAGCUGGGUAGUAAUGUCAUUAUGACUCACAGACAUUCUUCAAGGGAUAAUCCACCCAGGACCACUAAUUAUUAUGAUUAACAGUGUUAAACAGUGUUAAAAAAACCACUAAUAGGAUAUGUGAAAAUAAUGUUUUUUUUUGAACAAAUGUUUCACGUUGUCAUUAUAACGUGGUUGGUAGCAACAUAUGAAAAUCGCUGCAAAACCCACAAUGCAAUGCUAUCGCUGGACUCGCUAGCUAGCUAAGUUGCUAGCUAGCAAACGUAGCUACACACAAUACUACCAAAGCCAAUAUCAGCAUGUGAAGUAUCACAGGGCGCAUUACGAGAUGGUACUUAAAGAAGAAACUGAUGAAUAAUUUGGUACACUGUUUAGAUUGAGCACAUCUAAGCGAAAUAUACGUUGUCAUGACGAUAUACACGGAUGGAUGUGUUCUAGACAAGUGUGCCCAUACCAUCUUUUGGCUGAUUUGGCGAUCUGGAGUGCAGUUAAUUGUUUUAAAACCGGUAUGAAAUGUGAUAGUGUGUUAUCUCCAGUGACAGAACCAUGUAUGACGCGUUCCUUUAUGAUUUCCUGACCUCACAGACUAAUCACUUAGAAGUUCAAUCAUGGAGAAUUGUUAUAUUUUCCCCACUGAUAGAACAUAGGCUUUCACCAAAUUGACAGGGAUUUCAUAAUUUUUAUUUCUGGGGUGGAUGAACCCGUUACGAAUAGCUCACACUAAAUUGUAAUGAAACAGACAGGAAGCAUGUCUUCCUCAACCUUCUGGCCCGAAGCCCAGCUAGCCAUCUACUAUGCCACACAAAAACAUGCUCAAGUGGCAGAGUCGAUAUCCACCCUUAUAAACCACGGUCGUUACAAUAUGAAAAGAGGGCAAAAUUACAUACCUUAAUGACAUAUUUCUCUAACCAUGUGACCUAUGUAAAUACAUAUACCAAAUGGAAGGAUAGAAUACCCAAUGGAAUAUUGAAGAACACUGGUUUGGAAUAAGAAGAUGUGUAUUUGCAGUGAAGAACCACUCAUGAUUUACCUCCUUGUUGCUGCUAUUUUGUUUCACUGUUUCAGAAAAUGUAAAGUUUUGAGAGUGUAUAAACAGCAUAUAGUUUAUAGCAGUACAAUACUUGGACUGAAAUAGGUACCGUUAAUCAUUUUGGGUGCAGGUAUAGAAAAUUUGAGGUGCCAGUACUCAGCUCUGGUGAGCUUCUGCCCAAGUCAAGCACUUGUUUAUAUACAGCAUAUAUAUGCAAAUAAACAUUUAUGACGAUUCUUUUUGGAAGGGAGAAAAUACAUUGAGAUGAAUGUUUCCCCUUUUUUGUGAUAAACACGAUUUGCAGUGUUCUAUUUGUGACACUCGUUUGUGUAAGGGUUGAUAGUCAAUAGGCUCGGUGCUGUAUGUUAUGUAUUAAACUAAUAAUGUAGUGAUUGAAGCAAGACUGGAUGUACAAGGAUCGAGGACACUGAUACUCUGUAUGUUAUUGUAUUGAUGACCUUUUGAACACUGUCAUGCUGUAGCAGCUUGCAAAGUCACUGUCUUUUGUUGUAACUCCAUACAAACCUCCCAGGCUGAUGUUAACAGAACAUUGGUGCUGUGAGACUGGAAUAUUAGGGCCUACUUGGAGAAGGCGAGUUAGACAUUUUUCUUAGCUUCUGUGUGAGAGGUGUCUCCCUGUUUGCAAACUUGUAUUGAAUCGAAGUGAUUUAUGAUUGACUAUA